AAGUUGCCCAUCAACAGUUAGCAGCUAGACAGCAGACUGAGAAAGCACACAGGUCACCUGCUCACCUUCUUCACUACUAUGGCAAAUGUUUUGUGCUUUGAUUCAAGCUACAGUGCCUUCCUGAUUCCCUAUUUUCUGACAUUGGUGUUUGCUGGGAUUCCGCUUUUCCUGCUGGAGACAGCUCUUGGGCAAUACACCUCCGUCGGUGGACUUGGAGUAUGGAAACUUGCGCCCAUGUUUAAAGGAGUGGGGCUGGCUGCAGUGGUUCUCUCGUUCUGGCUGAAUAUCUAUUACAUUGUCAUUAUUGCCUGGGCACUGUAUUAUCUCUUCAACUCUUUCACCGUGGACCUGCCAUGGCAGAGCUGUGGAAAUGCCUGGAACACAGACCAAUGCUUCUCCAACUACUCCCUCAAUGACACCACCAACCUGACCAGCGCUGUGACCGAGUUCUGGGAGAGAAAUAUGCACCAGAUCUCCGGAGGCCUGGGAGAACCGGGUAAUAUCCGCUGGCCUUUGGCUGGCACUCUGGCAUUGGCCUGGGUUCUGGUCUAUUUCUCCAUAUGGAAAGGUGUUGAGUGGACUGGAAAGGUUGUCUACUUCUCCGCCACAUACCCUUACUUCAUGCUCUUUAUCCUGUUCUUUCGUGGAGUCACCUUGCCAGGAGCCAAGGAGGGAAUCCUCUUUUACAUCACACCCGAUUUCAGCAAACUCUCCAAGUCCGAGGUCUGGAUGGAUGCAGCCACACAGAUCUUUUUUUCCUAUGGUCUGGGGUUGGGGUCUCUGAUUGCCUUGGGAAGCUAUAACACAUUUCACAACAACGUUUACAGAGACUCCAUAAUUGUUUGUGGCAUAAAUUCUACAACAAGCAUAUUUGCAGGAUUUGUUAUUUUCUCCAUUGUCGGCUUCAUGGCCCACAUCACCAAGAAGUCAAUAGCUGAAUUGGCAUCCUCAGGUCCAGGAUUGGCUUUCCUUGCCUACCCCCAGGUCGUCACGCAGCUGCCCAUGUCUCCUCUCUGGUCGAUCCUCUUCUUUUCAAUGCUAAUGAUGCUUGGCCUUGACAGCCAGUUUUGCACGGUGGAAGGCUUCAUCACAGCCCUGAUGGAUGAGUUUCCACAUGUGCUGAGAGCAAGGAAGAAAAUCUUUAUUGCAGUGGUGUGUUUAAUCUCUUACCUCAUUGGAUUCUCCAACAUCACCCAGGGUGGCAUCUAUGUUUUCAAGCUGUUUGAUUAUUACUCAGCCAGUGGCAUGUGCCUGCUCUUCCUUGUCUUCUUCGAGACCAUCUCCAUCUCUUGGUGUUAUGGUGUGAAUAGAUUUUAUGGUAACAUUGAAGAGAUGAUUGGUUAUAAGCCCUGUGGAUGGUGGAAGAUCUGCUGGGCCUUCUUCACUCCACUCGUUUGCCUGGGCGUUUUCUUCUUCAGUGUGUUUGAAAUGACUCCCCUGAGUCUAGGGAAAUAUGUUUAUCCUGCUUGGGGCCAAGGGAUUGGCUGGACCAUGGCUUUGUCAUCUAUGAUCUUGAUCCCAGGAUAUAUGCUGUACUUCUUCUUCACUGCAAAGGGAACGAUCCAACAGCGCUUCCAACUGAUGACCCAGCCGACACAAGACACAGACGUUCAGCACAAUGGACUGCGACCAAAUACUUCACUAAGUGGAAGUGUCUCUGAAGCUCCAGUGUAGGUGGAGAAGAAAACCUUACUGUGGACUGCAGCUGCUCACUCUAUGCCCUUUGACCUACUUUGACGC